CCGGAUCAUGACGUUUAAGUUCGUAUUUACCGGCGUCCAUAUUGGGACUGUUUGCACCGUGGUCAUAAUAUAGUACGUAUAGCUGGGACAAGGAUAUCCGCCGUCACAGCCCUAAAGUGGAUUACAUUAGGGGUGAAGUGUGACCCGCUACAUGUCGAAUCCGCUUCAGAGUCCCGAAGCUUCGUCCUUCCCUCAAAGUCCCAAAAAUGACAAUCGAAAGAUGUUUGACUCGAAACGACCGGUGUCGUACCCGUGCGGUCCGGAAAGCCACCACGUGGUUCCCGACGUAUUUGGGAAAGAACCGAAUCUCUCGAAGAGGUUUUCGAGUGACCCGCUCAAACCGCCUCCGCGGGCCAAGACUCAAGUCAAACCGUUUACCAAGGAGUCGCUGGAGCGCCUCGAACGUAAGACUAUGCAACUAGUGCGCGAAUACGGUUUCCAACCGAGGAGGAAACUUAGUGUCCAGGACGGGUCGAGGUUGCCGUCCAAGUAUGAACCAUUCCCUAGGAAACUCUAUGGGCGGCCGCUAGAGGAGAUUGAUAAUUUUAUCUACGAUGAGACGUUUUGCGUGGUUUCCAAGCGAUUCCGGAAGAACUAUAUCCAUCGAUUCACCGCUACCAGUUCAUUUUUCCUGUUUAGUCCGUUCAACUCCAUUAGGAAAGUUUGUAUAUAUCUAAGCACCAAUCAAUACUUCGAUUAUUUGGUUAUGGCCACAAUAUUGCUCAACUGUGUCUUCCUAGCCAUGGCAGAAACAAUUGAAGAAGCUGAGUAUAUUUUUUUAGGCAUAUAUACGUUGGAGAUGAUAAUAAAAACCAUCGCGAAAGGUUUCAUAUUAAAUAAGUAUACAUAUCUGCGGAAUCCAUGGAACUGGCUUGACUUCGUCGUCAUCACCAGCGGCUACGCAACGAUAGGGGUCGAAGGAGCCAACUUAGCCGGUCUCAGGACCUUCAGAGUUUUGCGUGCCUUGAAAACGAUAUCGAUUUUGCCUGGUCUCAAAACCAUUAUUAACGCGUUAUUACACUCCUUCAAGCAGUUGGCGGAAGUCAUGACACUGACCAUAUUCUGCCUGAUGGUUUUUGCUUUGUUUGCUUUACAAGUAUAUAAAGGAGAGCUGCGGAACAAAUGUGUGCUGAAGAUGGACGACAACAACUCGUCAUACGUAAUGUGGUACAAUUGGACGAGAGAUCCGGAAAACUGGUUAAUCAAAAACGAGACAGGCGAUCCGGUCCUUUGCGGUAACGUGACUGGAUCCCGCCACUGUCCGCCAACACACACCUGCCUCUGCGUCGGCGAAAACCCCAACCACGGGUAUACGAGUUUCGAUAAUUUUUUGUGGUCGAUGCUAACGACGUUUCAGCUCAUUACCCUCGAUUACUGGGAGAACGUGUACAAUAUGGUGUUGGCAUCUUGUGGACCAAUUAGUGUAUCUUUUUUCACGGUAGUGGUGUUUUUCGGUUCGUUUUACCUCAUCAAUCUAAUGUUGGCUGUGGUUGCGCUUAGUUACGAAGAAGAAGCGGAAAUAACUCAAGAGGAACGUAAAAAAGAACUGGUAGAUCAUCGAGAAGACUCGACGUUCAGUUUCGACCCAACCACACUGAACGUCAAAGAACUGUCGAAACACAAAAUCAAGAAAAUCGACGCCCGGAAGGGGGUUCUUCUCUCAUCUUAUACGCGAAAAAGGACGAGACGUCGGAAACGAAAAAGUGCGACGAAUCCCGUCGCAGGAGGAAAAUCGGACGAAGACGUAAGCAAUACAUACCGGAGCAGUGAGACCAGUCCGAAGAAACAGUCUCCCAGACGUGACGUCAGGUCUGUUACUCCAAGUCCUAGUCCCAGUCCUAGACACGAACAAAAGGUGGACUCUGCUCGCCCUCAACAACUUGCGAUUGUACCUCAGAAGCACGUCCAACUCGCUGACCACAAAUACUCGGACACCCUUCACCCUCAGAAUAUACUGCAUCCAAACAAGGCCGCACUGCACAGCAGGCAGGCGAGCAGCAACAGCGGAGGUAAACAGCCUUCGUUAGAUGACUCUGGAGUCGUCGAUGACCACGAAGAUGGUGACGGAAUAUCCGAUACGGGAAUGCCGCUUUCUUUAAAGCGCCUGGACGUAACACCUGUAGCUCCUAUCAACUACAAAGACAUCAAGGUGAUCAAGUGCAACGGUGUCGGAAAUUGCAAGAAGAAAAACGAGAUGUUUACUAUACAACCUGAUUACAUCUCACACAUCGUCGUCAUCAACGGUGAAAUAAUAGAUAGAAACUGCAACUGUUGCGAGCGAUGCUGCCUAGACUACGACGGCUGGUUGCAAUUCCAACAAAGCCUUUACCAAAUAGUAAAGGAUCCUCUGUUCGAAUUAGCAAUUACCGUUUGCAUCGUAUUAAACACUAUGUUUUUGGCUCUGGAACACCACGGUAUGAGCGAAUCGAUUCUUAGAGCUCUAGAUAUAGGAAAUAAGGUGUUUACGUCAAUAUUCACGUUCGAAUGCUGCCUAAAAAUAAUGGCUUUAAGCAAAGAUUUUUUCUACUGUGGAUGGAAUAUAUUCGAUUUGAUAAUCGUUUCAGCCAGCCUACUCGACCUGAUAUUCGAGUUGGUCGAUGGCCUUUCAGUUUUGAGGGGACUUCGGUUGCUACGGGUAUUGAAACUAGCUCAGUCUUGGAUCACAAUGAAAGUCCUGUUGAGUAUAAUCAUAAGUACCAUUGGUGCACUGGGAAAUUUAACGUUCGUCUUAGUGAUAGUCAUCUAUAUAUUUGCCGUCAUAGGAAUGCAGCUGUUUUCGAAGGACUACACUGAAGAUAAGUUCAUUCCGGAUCCGGUACCAAGGUGGAAUUUUACAGAUUUCUUUCACUCGUUCAUGAUGAUAUUUCGAAUAUUGUGCGGGGAAUGGAUCGAACCUUUAUGGGACUGUAUGAGAGCGGAAAGCACAGAGGGCCCCGGAACAUGUUUGGCCGUGUUCCUACCCACGCUGGUCAUGGGCAAUUUUAUGGUGCUCAAUUUGUUUUUGGCUCUGUUGCUUAAUAGUUUCAAUUCAGAGGAACUCAAGCACAGAAAAGAGGAGGUUGGUGAUGAAUCGAAGUUGGCGCAAAGUUUUCAACGAAUCCGGGACCUCGUCAGAAAGCGUCGCCUUCAGGAACAAUACCAGAACGAAAACAAUACACGUCUGGAGCAGAUCGUGCGUGAAGUGAUGCAGAAACACGCCGAAGAACAAGCUUUGAGAACAGCGGAGAUGAAAUUACCUCGCGACAAACUCAGCUACCAGGAGGCGAUGAAUAGGCCAAUUUCAAUAAUCAGCUACGAUCCGCCUGAUUAUCAGGAGGUGCUCGCGCCAGGAGAAGGUAAUGUUCUUCUAAACAAGCACUACGCCAUUGUUCUAAACACCGGGUCAGAAAGUUCAGGAGAUCCCGCUUCUGACAUUAAGAAAACGUCGGAAAUGAAACAUUUGCGGAACAUGUCCUCUGGAAGGGGUACUACAAACAGCAGCAGAGAAACUGACAAUAGCGAAAUGGUGGAUACGAAGACCAAAUUUCUCUCGUCUACAGAGUCUGAGCCGAAACCAGAAACGACGUUGACCAGCCAAAAAGAAAAAUGCGAGGUCACGAACGCGAAACCAUGGCAAACAUUGGUUUCGUACGUUGACGAAUUAACGUUGGGUGGCAGGAGAAACUCCAAAGGGCAAUUCGUGGACGGCCUUCAAGGCAGCUUUCCCGGAUUCGGAAAGCGGAAAGCACCGAAGGUUCCACCAAAUUGUUUCCCUCGGCAUUUCUAUCAAAAGUGUCCUUGUAUUGAUAGAUGCUCCAAGUCCAAAUUCGGAACCAAAUGGAUGAACUUUCGGAGCCUUGUAGUGGGCAUCGUCGAUACAUCAGCAUUCGAGUGGUUCAUUUUGGUGCUGAUAUUCGCGUCUAGCGUGACGCUGUGCUUCGAGGAUAUUCAUUUAGAUGAAAGUCCCGAUUUGAAAAUGGUCCUCUACUGGACUAACUUGGCCUUUUCAGUAAUUUUUAUUAUAGAAAUGUUUUUCAAGUGGAUCGCGUUAGGAUUCUAUAAGUACUUUACCAGUUUUUGGACGUUGUUGGAUUUUUUAAUCGUUUUCGUGUCGUUAUUUAGUCUACUAAUAGAAGAAAAUGAAAAUCUACGGGUCCUCCGUUCGCUGAGAACCUUAAGAGCCUUAAGACCUUUAAGAGCAAUAAGUCGAUGGCAAGGCAUGAGGAUAGUGGUGAAUGCCCUCAUGUACGCUAUACCGAGUAUCUUCAAUGUGUUAUUAGUUUGUUUGGUGUUUUGGUUGAUAUUCUCCAUUAUGGGUGUCCAGUUCUUUAGUGGGAAAUUUUAUAAAUGCGUUGACGAGGAAGGUGAACGGUUAGAUGUAGAAAUUGUAAAUACAAAAUGGGACUGUGAUAGAUUAAAUUAUACGUGGAUUAAUUCCAAAAUUUCGUUUGACCACGUAGGUAUAGCUUACCUCGCUUUAUUUCAAGUGGCCACCUUCGAGGGAUGGAUGGAAAUAAUGGCAGACGCGGUGGAUGCUCGCGGCGUGAACAUGCAACCCAAAAGGGAGGCCAACUUGUACGCCUAUAUUUAUUUUGUAAUAUUCAUAGUCUGCGGCUCGUUCUUCACCCUGAACUUGUUUAUAGGGGUGAUCAUAGAUAAUUUUAACAUGUUAAAAAAGAAGUACGAAGGAGGGGUAUUAGAGAUGUUUCUCACCGAAAGCCAGAAGCAUUAUUAUACAGCGAUGAAAAAGCUGGGCAGGAAAAAACCCCAGAAAGUGAUCAAACGACCAAUGAACCGAUUUUUAGCGAUGUUUUACGACUUAUCGAAUUCAAGGCGCUUCGAAAUAGCAAUAUUCGUUUUAAUUUUUCUAAACAUGCUCACGAUGGGCAUUGAGCAUUACGGGCAACCGCAUGCUAUAUUUUUUGUGUUAGAAGUUAGCAAUGCUUUUUUUACGACCGUUUUCGGCUUAGAGGCCAUUGUUAAAAUUAUAGGAUUAAGGUACCAUUACUUCACAGUGCCAUGGAACGUGUUCGAUUUUUUGUUGGUAUUGGCUUCGAUACUCGGAAUUCUCAUGGAAGAUAUCAUGAUCGAUUUUCCGGUAUCUCCUACCCUGCUGAGGGUUGUCAGGGUGUUUAGGAUAGGACGAAUUCUUCGACUGAUUAAAGCAGCCAAGGGUAUCAGAAAGCUCCUCUUCGCAUUGGUAGUGUCAUUGCCAGCCUUGUUUAAUAUCGGUGCUCUUUUGGCGUUGAUCACCUUCAUCUACGCUAUCAUAGGGAUGUUUCUAUUUGGCCACGUGCGUCAACAAGGUGCGCUCGACGACAUGGUCAAUUUCGAAACAUUCGGUAGGUCCAUGCAUCUUCUUUUUCGGCUAAUUACGUCCGCUGGCUGGAACGACGUUCUCGAAUCCCUUAUGAUCGAGUACCCAGACUGCGAUCCUCACUACAAGAACCAAACCAACGGGGAUUGCGGCUACCCACUGUUGGCCAUCAUUUACUUCACCAGUUUUAUUAUCAUCAAUUAUAUGAUCGUAAUCAACAUGUACAUAGCAAUAAUUUUAGAAAACUUCAAUCAGGCGCAUCAGGAAGAAGAAAUCGGCAUUGUGGAGGACGAUCUAGAAAUGUUUUAUAUUAGAUGGAGCAAGUAUGAUCCACACGCUACUCAAUUUAUAAGAUUCUCUCAGCUGUCUGACUUCAUUGCGUCGUUGGAUCCUCCUCUAGGUAUAUCCAAGCCCAACACGGUCGCUUUGGUUAGUUUUAAUCUACCGAUAGCGAAGGGGAACAGGAUACACUGUUUAGAUAUUUUGCACGCACUCGUUAAACAUGUUCUGGGGCACGUUGAGGAGACUGAUACGUUCCGGCAGUUGCAAGAACAGAUGGACAUCAAAUUUAAGAAGCAAUUCCCGACGCGAAAAGAACUGGAAAUUGUUUCGUCUACUAGGUUAUGGAAGAGGCAAGAUAAGGCAGCGCGAUUUAUUCAAAAGACGUGGCGGGACUAUCAAAAGCGGAAGAAGGAGAAGGCAGCUGAAGAAGUGGACGAAACCACUCAGACUUCCUCGCCCGGAGAUUGGCGAGGCCGAUUAUCGGCUUUCCUUCACGUGCAUCGUGGGUCCCGGGCCUCAUCUCGCAAGUCCUCACGGGCCUCAGACGCUAGCGAUCUCAGCGAGCUGGGUGGUCCGUGGUUAAACUUGCCCCUGCUGUUGCUCUCCAGCGCUGCCAAUUUGCCCCCUGAGGACCUGGAUUUGAGGCGCGAGUCCUCCGAUGUCGUGAGCAUCAAGGUGAGCCAGGCGACUCCGGACGCCGGCUCGCCGCCCAAAGGCGCAGUCACGCCGACGAACACGGGCUCGCGUCGCCGGAGUCUGUACAACUUUUUCCUGCGUCACCAGGACGCGAUCGAGAAGCCGGAUACCGUCAGUGCUGCAACUUCGCCGCUGACACCCAGAAGGGAUUUUAAAUUUCUGGGCGAAUCCCUUCAUCUGACUUCGUCAUCAGAUGAGGCGAAACCGAAAAGGGGCAGCCUGAUUCGUCGGAAACGUGGUGGAUCGGUGAAAGUCAAACCCACGUCGAUGGCGAGCUCCGGCGGCUGUCACCGGACGCAGUCGGAAAGAUGUCCGCACACCUCGGACGUGAGCAUCCUGGUGACCGAAGCUUCACCGGACAGUGCCAUCAAUGUAAAGCCGCCAUUACAAAGACAAAGCAGCGAAUCGACUGUUGUGCAAGUGCUGGUGCAUCGGGAAAGCGAGGAGCACUAUCCCGAUGAGGAACCCUGCAGGAGCACCGCGAUAACGAUUCCAGAAGAUCGCCCGGUUGAUACAGACGUAGUUACGAUGGAUGAUCAAACCGGGAGUGUGGUAUUAGAUGUAUGGAACCGGGACGAUGUCGGGAGAAGUAGCUGAUUUUAGUUUAAUGCAUUCGUGACGUACACUGUCGUUGUUGAGAUCCGACGUAGGUUGUUGAGUGGGACCUUGGAUGUUACUGAAAAAAGAACAACGCUGCACAGGUUGGUCCAAAUAUUUUUAGGAAAACUGAGACAGGUCAUAGCAAAAUGCUCGGAUUUACUGGACAUCCUUGUUUAUUUCGGUUGAUUAAUAUCAACGUUAGUUUGGUAAAUAGGUAAACAGCAAAAUCUCUUUGAACAGAACCCUUUUAAGCAAAGCGUUUGAGUCCAGAAUACUGUCUGCACUAUUUUGGUUAGACAAGAAAAACACAACUCACACACUCUGGUUUCGGUUACAAUUCUUGUUUAUUAGUAGAGAAAGAAGUUUAAAUUUCUCAAAUUUAUAUAUUUUAGUAAAACUGGAAUAUGAACCUCUUCGUAUAUUUAUUUGGUAAACUCUUAACUCCUGCCUUACACCUAAAAAAAUAGGUCUAGAUAGAUUGAAAAAUCAACUCGCAAACAAACGUUCAAAUCCUUUAUGGCUCGCAAACAUUUUGAACAAUUGCACUGACCAAUCUCCCGAAGUUCGUCGAAUUUGGACCACCCUAUACAAACUAACAAAAAACAAUCUAUUUACAACCUCCCAAAAAGUUUACCUAAUCGCAAUGUAGAACAUACAUAUAGAAGCGAAAUAACAUGAACCAAUCCGCAGAUUGUACCUAAUAUUAAGCGUACAGCGAAUUUUUUUAUGAAAUUGUUAAAAAUGGCCGCUUCAUGUUCAAUUGAGCAGACAAUAAUUUAAAUAGUUUUGUCGUUCCAAUUUUAAUAUGAAUAGGGAUCAUUUACACUUCUAUUUAUUAAUUGAAAACGCGAUGUUUCUGGUACACUUAAAACAAAACUCGCUAGUAACAUAAACAUUCCCGUAUCUCUAUACCAAUCUAGUCAUGUUAAGUUGACGUCGCUGCUUUUUUGUUUGUUCCACACAUGCACGUGCGUACAAGUUGCUGUUACAUACAUGCAGAUCUACAGGGUUACCAGUUUAUUAUAGGAUACCUUGUGAUCCUUAUCUUGGAAUCCUAAAAAAUAGCAAAAAAAUAGGGACAAAAGUAGUUUCGAUUCACUUAUAUUUUAAAAAUAUUUUGUGUAAAAUAUUUUGUUAUAUAUAAAGGAUGUGUGUAUUUUUGUGCACAAGUAACAAGAUUCAUAUUUCAAAUAGAGCAGCCCGAAUAUUCACACAUUUUUUAAUUCAAGGGAACUUAUUGUUCAUAACAUAUUUUACUCCCGUCUGUAAAAUACCUAAUUACCCACCGAUCUAGCGUGUGGGAAGCGUCACUUUACCAUGUCAGUUUCGUUUCCCAUAAAUCCAAUCCACUUCAGACAUUUCCGGGAUUUUACCGCACGGAGUUUGGAGCAAUCGAAUGUUUUCAGAGAUAUUUCCCACUCUUUGAAUUUUGGCGUUUGUCAAAGUCACUCGUUUAUUAAAAACUCGCUCCGCUCGUGUCAAAUAAACUCGUGAGUCAAAUGCCAUUUGCCGCACUUGUUGCAUAAUAUACUAUUAUGUCAAAAGUGACG